AUGAUUUCAACUAUAAGCUUUCUAUCGUCAUUGCUAUGCUUAACUUACCUGGUUUCAGCUUUACCGAUCCUUCCCAAGAGAGAAAUUGUAACGAGAGUUCACACAGCAAGCACAACUAAUAUCGUCACUGAUUUCUAUUCCACUACUACAGAUGUUGUUGUUGCUCCAACUGUUGAAUUCUUAGUAAGCGAUAGUGUCACUUUUACCACGACCUUAAUUCCACAAGGUGUCAACCCAACUGCUGAACCGACCACGACUAUCACUAAGGUUCUUUUAAAAAAGGUUGAAAGGAGCGCAUCGUCCUUGCAACCAACCUCUACUUUGCAGCCAACUACUACUUUUCAAUCAACCUCUCCCUUUCAAGCAAUCUCCGUCUCUACGCAACAAAGUAGUACAUCUCCUUCCACUCCAAAGACAAGUGAAGAUGCACAACAAUUUUCUACAACUUCUACCCCUUCGUCUUCUCCUUCUUCUCCCUCUCCUUCUAUCACUACCCCUACCACUACCACUACUCCUACCACUACUCCUACCACUACUCCUACCACUACUCCUACCACUACUCCUACCACUACUUCUACCACCACUUCUACUUCUACUUCUACUUCUACUUCUAUUUUUACUUCUACUUCUACUUCCUCCUCAACACAAAGUCUCAUGAGUGGUGUCGCUGACGUCAAUGUUGAAGACAGUACUCAAACCCAACACCAUUCUCACCAAGCUGCUGCAACUGCGUCUUUGAACCAGCAAAUGACUACUUCUACUACUUCUACUACUUCUACUACUUCUGAAAAAUCCGUCGAAUCAACUACAAUAACUACUUCCUCAACUACUUCAUCUGUAAAAGAAACAUCUACCACCACAUCUGCAGAUUCCUCUGUUAGCACUGCUGCUAUAACGUCUUCUCCAAAGGCUAUUGCAUACUCACCUUAUAAUAAUGAUGGCUCUUGUAAGUCUGCAGAAGCGGUAUUUUCUGAUUUGACGUUGAUUAAAUCCAAAGAUAUCACUAGAAUUCGUAUUUAUGGUACUGACUGUAAUUCCUUCGAAACUGUUCAACCAGCUGCCAUAAAAUUGGGUAUUAAGAUCAAUCAAGGUUUGUACAUUACUAGUAGCGGCGUUGAUUCCAUAGAUGAUUCAGUUUCUGCGUUGAUUGAAUAUGGUCAAACUAACGGUUGGGACGUUUUUGAUUUUAUUACUGUUGGAAACGAAGCUAUUAACAAUGGUUGGUGUUCUGUUUCCGAUUUGAUCAGUAAAAUUUCCUCUGUUAAGUCUCAAUUAAACAAAGCUGGAUAUUCGGGCCAGAUUACUACAAGCGAGCCACCAGUAUCAUUUGAAAAUAAUCCUGAUUUAUGCAAAAGUUCUGAAAUUGACUUUGUCGGUAUCAACCCACAUGCCUACUUUGAUACUAGUGCCAGUGCAGAAACUGCUGGUACCUUUGUCAAGGGCCAAGUUGAAUUAGUUCAAGGCGUCUGUGGUACUUCUAAUGUUUUUGUUACUGAAACUGGUUACCCAUCAUCUGGCAUUCAGAAUGGAGGCAACAUCCCUUCUACAGCUAACCAAAUUACUGCAGUACAAAACAUCUUGAACGAAAUGGACUUAGAUGUUACAAUCUUAUCAACUUACGACGAUUACUGGAAAGCACCUGGUGAUUACGGUAUCGAACAGUUUUUUGGUGUCAUCCAAUAUCUUCCAUAG